AUGCCGGUAGCCAUUUCCGUCGAGGAUUACUGCGGUCCACCGGGUGUGUAUCGGCCGCGUCAGCUUGACAUCGUGAAUUAUUUCCCACCGUACGACGGCGCUACCGAGGCGAGCAACGGUGGGCAGAAAGCUUCGCCGGAGCAUCCGGCACCCGCGAUGAUGGAGCUGCAGCCCGUCCCACCGGACAUGCGUUACCACGUCCGGCACCAUCACCACCGCGAGCGGCCGGGCCACGAUUACGCGGAGGACGUCAUCACGACGCAGGGUGUCCAGCCGCAUCACAAGACCAGCUACGCCGAAACGAUGAUGCACCUGUUUAAGGGAAAUAUCGGCACCGGUUGCUACGCGAUGGGCGACGCGUUCAAGAAUGGUGGGCUGGUGCUGGCCACCGUACUGACCCUGUUCAUCGGGUUCGUCUGCGUGCACUGUCAGCAUGUGCUGCUGAACUGUGCCGAUCUGAUGCAGGCCAGAAAGCGGGAGGAGGACGCAAAGGACCAAACGUACGACCCGAUCGGCACGGUGGAGGCGAACAAUGGGAAACCGUUGCAGGCGAAGCCCACCGUACCGGCCGUAUCGGAACCGCUCGAUUUUGCCGACACGGUAGCGCUCUGCUUCGCGUACGGUCCACCGUCGGUGCGACCGUGGGCGACGGCGAUGAAGAACGCGGUCAACAUCUUCAUCUGCGUGACACAGCUCGGCUUCUGCUGCAUCUACUUCGUGUUUAUCAGCUCGAACUUCAAGCAAAUCGCCGACCGGUACGGGAUCGAGCUGGACGUGCACAUCCAUAUGGCGCUGCUCGUUGUGCCGAUCGUGCUGACCUCGAUCAUUACCAAGCUGAAGUUUCUGUCGUACUGUUCGCUUGCCGCCAACGUGUUCAUGACGCUCGGCAUCGGCAUUACGUUCUACUACGCCGCCCAGGAGCUGCCGGCCCUCUCGGAACGGAACCUCGUCGGGCGCCUGGAGCAACUGCCCCUGUUCUACGGUACCGCCAUCUUUGCGUUCGAAGGCAUCGCGCUCGUGCUGCCGCUCCAGAACGAGAUGAAGCAUCCGGCCGACUUUGGCAAACCGUUCGGUGUGCUGAACAUUGGCAGCACCUUCAUCAUACUGCUGUUCACCGUGUUCGGCUUCUUGGGGUACUGGCAGUGGGGGGAGGCAGUCCAGGGCAGCCUUACCCUGAACCUGCCGGAUAAUGAGAUCCUGGCGGAAAGUGUGAAGAUCAUGAUCGCCACCGGUGUUCUGCUUGGAUAUGCUCUGCAGUUUUUCGUCGCCAUCAUGAUUAUGUGGCCGAUGGUGGAAAGUCGCGUUGCGCUCGCCAGCAAACAUCCCGUGCGCUGUGAGAUGCUGUUCCGUGUCAUCAUGGUGCUGGUGACGUUCCUUAUUGCUGAGUGUGUCCCGAACCUUGGUGCCUUUAUCUCGCUGAUCGGUGCAUUCUGCUCCUCCUCGCUGGCCCUGAUGUUUCCGCCCGUGAUCGAGCUGAUCGUUGCCUGGACGAAUGGGAAGCUUACCAUUUGGUUGGUGCUGAAGAAUGUCGUCAUACUGCUGUUAGCUUUGCUCGGCUUCGCUACCGGCACGUACGAAAGUGUGCUAGCACUGGCCAAAGAUUUCUAA